AUGUACUCGAUGUUCCGCAGCCCGCCGGAAGAAGAAUUCGCGAUGAGCGGCCGUCUCGAAGUCAGGAUCUCAGAGCGGACAUCUAGCUCCGGCUGGGAUGUGUUCAACAUCCGAUUUAUUAAUGUGCUGGAGGCCAUUAUACUACUCCUCCAGAGGCCGCUGAUUCCUUCUUAUGAGGAGAAGAUCCUGUUUGGCGGCUUGACUGCCUUGCCUGCUCUUGUGGGGAUCGCGGAGCCCGUGCUUGUUGGGGUGGUGGAGGUGAGUGCUGUUCCCAAGGCCUUAUACCUGCUGGAGCAGGCUGUUGUUGCGCUGUUCUGGUAUUACGAUUUCUGUGGUAGUUCAAUCAAUACCGAAAUUGGACCUAGUGUGCUGGUGCUGGGACAGCAGGGGCCGGAUCCCGAGGUUGGGAGCCCAGGGCCUAGUACUAAUCUGCAGGCGUUAGGGCAUCUGAUUGAUGGAGAGGAGAACGAACAGGACCUAGGUGUCCGUGAGGUGGAGUAG